GUUUUUUUAUUCAGUUUUUCGUCGGAACUAUUGCAUAGAUAUAUUUUGCGGGCAAGAUAUUCUACUUAAAAUAUAAAAUAUUUAUAUAAACAAAAUCCACAUGUCUGAGUUCUAAUUCUAAUCAUUUAAUUUUCAACAUAUUGAAGUUAGUGAAAACUUUUCUAAUAAUACUUGGAAAUAUACUUGAACUGCGCUUUACGGGCUUUCAUAUUAGGAUAUUUUGUUUUGAAGGAAGAGAUUUAAUAAUAUCCAAAUUUUUCCUUAUCGUUUUUCAGUCGCAUUUCGAAGUCAUUUGAAAGGGUACCGUUACAAAGGCAAACGACAAACAUCAUGGGUCAAUUCAUAGUUAAGUUGAAGCAGCCUUUGCAAUUGUAUAGCGAUAGUGUGGCCAAUAUGCUCACCAAUCGUCGUAAACGUAAAGCGAAUGCCGACUCAACUAAUUCAGACGACGAGCAAAAUUUACGCGAUUCGCAACCGCCAAAAAAGAAAAAGCUGCUAAGCACCACUCAAUACAUAUAUCAGGCACUCUUUAAGGAGCAGAAAAAUUCCGACAUAGCAAUAAUGGCGCUAAGCAAAGUAUGGAAUUUGCAUAAGGUCUACUUAUCGCAAAGCCCGUAUUUCUAUAGUAUGUUUAAUGGCUCUUGGCGGGAAUCUUGCCAAGAUUUUGUUCACGUGAAAAUCUUAGACGAUAAUAUUACUUUAGAAGCCUUGGAUGCCGUUUUCGGUUCUAUGUAUUCAGACGAAAUUGAAAUCGAUGGUAAAAGUGUUAUAUCGAUUUUAGCUACAGCGACUUUAUUUCAUUUAGAUGGUGUGAUUGACAAAUGUUCCGAAGUAAUGACCGAGACAAUUAAUGCUGACACUGUUAUUACUUAUUAUGAUGCUGCCUGUCAGUAUGGGUGCCGUAGUGUUAAAAAGUCGACUUUUAAUUGGUUGGAGAUAAAUUUGCUAAGCAUUUAUGCAAAAUAUUCGAAUAUUUUGAAACGUAUUAGUAUAGAUUUAAUGACUGCCCUAAUAUCUAGUCCAGAUUUGUAUGUAAUGCAAACUGAAUUCUCACUCUAUACUAUGCUGCGCACCUGGAUUUACUUACGCUUACACCCGAAUUACGAUCCGGGAAAUCCUCAAACGCAAGAGAGAGACCAGCAGCAACAACAGCAACAACAGCAACAACAGCAACAGCAACCACAACAACCAGCAUUGGAAAUAGUCGCUACCCUUACAGAAAAUGGCAAUAGUUCAGAUGUUAUACAAUCAUUCUUUUUGGAUCGAAAAGAAACAUCUUCAUUUUUGGCUACGCCAGAGGGUCAACAGUAUUUGAUACCUUUUCAGGCUUUACGAACACAAUAUUUAAUUAAUCAUCAUUUAGAUUUAAAAAUUGUGUUAAAUGAUAAUAUAAUUCCAAAAGAUUGGGUACACAAUCACGUGCUAACGCAUUGGAAUUCAAUAUUAAAAGUGGAUCAUUUACCAGAAGAAGGUCCGCAGAAUCUUAGCGCCGAGAAAUUUAAUGAAAAUUGUAUGAGAUGCGGCCGUAUACUCUUGGAUCCCGGAUAUCAGAAAUGGCGUUGGACUGGCUUUCAAUUCGGUUUAGAUUUAAUAAUUGUGUGCAAUUCACGCGUACUAAGCAUACGUCGACAUCAUCGUAAUGAACAUGAACGUUUGCUGAGCUUACAAGUUAAACGUCAAUUUAUGAUACGAGCUUCAAUUACUUCGAUAAAUUCGCAGCGUCAGCCCAUAUUUACGCAAAGGUCUGAGAUAACAUCUUUGUGUUUGGAAAAAAAUGAAGAGGUUGUUUUGAUGACAAUGGAUGCUAAACUUGUGCACCCGUUGCUGAUAGCAGUAAAUUUACUGGUGGUUCCGCCAACACCGCAAACCUUUAAAGAGAACAUUUUACUGAACGAAGAACUGGUAAACUCUUCGCCCAUUUCUGAGAUAGGAGCAAAUUGUGAACGACCUUUAACACCACCAAACAGCCCGCAUUGUGAAUCUGCUAUCUGCAUUGUACCUGCAACGCCGCCCACUGCUUUCGCACCACAAAACACAAGACGAUCUGUCUCGGCCGCAUCAUCCGCUUCAACCGUUUCGAUUGGCUCGGCUUCUUCAUUUUCUUCUAACGAUUAUAUGUAAAACGGUAAAUGAAAACGCUACUACCAUAUAUGUGUUUCAAUUUUGUUUGUUUUCCAUUCGAUCUGGGUGAUAGGAAGACAAACACAAGUCUAUUACAUAUAAUAUAAUAAUGAGUUUGAUUCCAAGAUGAUGUUAAAUAUAUAAAAUAUUUUUACAUAUAUAUAUA